GCGUCGUGUGGUAACAGUAAUUGGUAACAGAAGAACAGUAAUUGGUAUUUUUGACGUUCUUGAGUAGAUACAGCCCUCAGGCCUCAUCAUGGAUUUUCAAAAUCGUCCUGGAGGAAAAACGGGCGGUGGCGGUGUAGCAUCAUGGUCUGAGAGCAACAGAGACCGUCGUGAAAGACUCCGCCAGUUGGCUCUGGAAACAAUCGAUCUUAAUAAGGACCCCUAUUUUAUGAAAAACCAUUUAGGUUCGUACGAAUGUAAAUUGUGUCUUACUCUUCACAAUAAUGAGGGCAGUUACUUGGCUCACACUCAAGGAAAAAAGCAUCAGGCUAAUUUGGCUCGUAGAGCAGCCAAAGAAGCAAAAGAGGCACCCCAACAGCUAGCUCCAGAGAAGCCAAGGAUUGAACCUAAAAAAUUCGUUAAAAUUGGACGUCCUGGAUACCGAGUGACCAAACAAAAAGAUCCUGAAAAUGGUCAACAGAGUUUGUUGUUCCAAGUUGAUUAUCCAGAAAUUGCUGAAGGUGUGCAGCCCAGGCAUCGUUUUAUGUCUGCAUAUGAACAGAAAAUAGAGCCACCAGACCGCAGGUGGCAGUACUUGUUGUUUGCUGCGGAGCCAUAUGAGACUAUCGCUUUCAAGGUUCCAAGCAGGGAAGUGGAGAAACAUGAUGCCAAGUUUUGGACCCACUGGAACAAGGAUACAAAACAAUUCUUCCUUCAGUUUGCAUUUAAAAUGGAAGCUCUGAGAAUGCCACCACCUCCAAAGAUGUGGGAGAGUCAUGGGAUGAGACUACCACCUCCUCCAGGGGCGCCGAUGAUGGGGGUGCCGCCUCCACCCCCAUUGCUCCCGGUACCACCCCCACCUCCAACAAUGUAACUUAGUAUUAAACGGCUGAAUAAUAAAUAUUUUCAUCUGAUAA